UUUUGCCCCUUUUCCCCAAAAACAAAGAUAAGAACGACAAAAGAGAAGCUACAGUGUAUUUUUCAGUGCUUGAGUCCGAUUGAAACAAGCCUAAAAAUAUCAACUGAACUUGUUAGGAUUUUAGGCUUUGACAAAAAACGUAAUUGGGUCAGCCCUCCUGAGAUUCUUCUUAGUUCUUCCGUCUUCGGUAUCUUCGCGGCCCACCUAGGCAGUGCACAGGCGAUACAGACCGCAGGAGUGCAGGCGUACGUUCGGACAGCGCCGCCCGGUGCCGCCGCCCACCGAACCGCCUGCAAACCAGACCUCCGAAGGUACGCCGGCGUUUCGUUCUAGUAUAACUGCAGACUGCAGUUCGCAUUUCCGGCCGGUCCAAGCGGUCAAGACUCCGGCGUGGCAGCUUUGGAUUCUUAGAAUUGCUGAUUCGCAGGUUCCAAAGGUCACAAGAGAGGUAUCCAGUUUUGCCGCGACCUACUCUUGAAGAUUUGAAAUACAAAAUAUAUGCCACUGCAAGGACCCCCAAAUUAGAUGCCUUGGGUUACGGCAAUUUUCACUUCUGAUGAGUGAUGGCAGGGAGCUUGGUUCAUAGAGCCACUCAUGACGCAGAGAAUCCCCUAGAAGCUUCACUCAGAGAAGCUUUCAACCUUCACGAAGGUGAUCUACAACCUCCCUUUGCUCUGAAAUCCCUCUCCCAAAAACAGUACUCACGUCUCAAUGAAGCCAUCCUGUUCGGCCUUUUGAGCCAACCACAUUCUGUGAAGACCCUCAUUAAGCUAUUGCAUGCUAUCAUCACUGAUGGGUAUUGCUACUUCACUUCUAUGGUUACCAGAUUCAUUGAUGAAUUGUAUGCCAAACUUACUGAUUCUGCAAAGAUUCAGAUAAUUUGGGUUGCUCGUGAAAUGAUUGAUGUGUUGGCUAUAGGGUAUGAUGGAUUGUUAGUGUCGCUUCUUCGACAAAUUAUUGGUGGGGAUUUCGGUGAAGGUAAUUUAUGGCUGUGCUCUGAGAUGGUUGGUAUUUUACUGAGCAAAUGGGAUAGUUUAGUGGAAGAAGAUCCCUUGGUUUUGACAUAUGGAUUGUAUGUGUUUCUUAGGUUAUUAGCUGAUCAUGGUAGGUUAUCUAAUGAUCCAAGACUAAAAACAUUAAAGAGAUUGGAGACAGAGUUUUGUAUUAGGGUUUUGAGGGAACACUUUGGUCUGUGUUUAAGGAUAGGGAAGGAUCUUGUGAGGCUUUUACAAGAUUUGGUCCAUAUAGCUGAGUUCAAGUCCAUAUGGAAAGACUUGUUGUUCAAUCCAGGAGAGUUUAAAGUAAAUGAUUUUAAGUCCAUAGCUCAAAUCUAUGGUUUAAGGACUCCAAGUUUGUAUUUUUCACUUAGAAUAACACCCGAGAUGGAGAGAAACUUGAGAUUUUUGCUCACGAAAGUGAAGCUUGGCAACCAAAGAAGGUAUCAGGUCUGGUUUGCUAAAAAGUUUCUUUCUUCGCCCGACAGGGAGACUCUUUUGGUAGACAUUGUGAGGUUUAUCUGUUGCACAUGCCGUUCUUCAAGCGAAGAUAGUCAUGAUGUGGAUGUGAUGCCGAGAUGGGCUGUGAUUGGUUGGCUGUUGAUGUCUUGCAGGAAAGGCUGCGUCCAAGCAAACUUAAAGCUUGGGUUGUUUUACGAUUGGCUGUUUUUUGGUGAGGAUGACGACAUGAUGUGUGUCGAGCCAGCAAUUUUGUUGAUGGUUAACUCUAUUCCAAAGUAUAGUGAUAUCACCAAUACUCUUCUUGAGUUUCUCUUGAUUUUGAUUGACAAUUAUGAUGUAGAAAGGAAAGAUGUGAUAAUCAAAGGGGUGUUAAGCGCUAUCCAUGCGCUUAUUAGUAAAGGCGUUAUAAAAUCACUUGAUGUCUUGACUCAGUCCGAUAUGGUAUCUCCCUUGCUAAGAGAAAUGCUAGGGAAAUUGUUGUCUUUCAUGGAAACUGCCCGUUCCAAAGUGGUGCAAACAAUUGUUCUUCCACAAAAUACUACACCACCUGUCAUUUGACAUCUUUGUUGGCUAUGAGAGCGAGCGACUGGGGUGGCUUACUUUCAAGUGAAGUGGUCUUUACCGGAAAAAUCACCUCACCCUAUAAAAAGCAUUUGCCAGGAAAAUGGUUUAACAGUAAAAUUACACUUAUAUAUUGCUUAUUUAAGAAAGAAUUCUAAUGAUGCUUGUUCAGAAAUGCAAUCUACAAUAUUUGUUAGUGGCAUUAAUGCCUGAGUUGCCUUAUCAUUUCUCACUGGUCCUUGAAUCCCCAGAAUGACAAUAUGGUGAUGUACAUCAAUAGUAGGAACGAAGAGGCCAGUAAAAUUACUGUCAACGUGCUUUGAGGGCUUCACGCUGGCAUGGUGCACCACAUGGACACGGUCUGGUUCUGAUUCCAGGCCGGCUUGUCCCAAUUUAUUUUUUUGUAGUGGUACCUGGAACCUAUAAUACAUUAAUACCAGCUCCUGUCUUUAAUUUUUAUAAAUGUAUAUCAUCAUACAAAUUUAAAUUAAUUAAUUAGAAAUGUAAAGAUGUGCAUUAUAAUUAUUAUUAAGAUAUUUGUAUUAUUUAUGUUUUAUAUAAUGUAUGGGAUUUAAAUACAAUUGUAACAAAAAAAAUUACAAGUGUAACAAUUUGGCAAAGAUAUGUAUACAU